AUGGCACACUCCAUUGAGAUUACCACAAUAGAUAACCAAAUUCCACUGCUUCAAACUGAAAAACAUGAGAUUGAAGAGGAGAGGAAAGUGGAUCAUUUAAUCGACAUAAAGGACACAAAUGAUCAAGAUCCAUUAGGAUCACAGACAAAGAAAUCUGUAAAUCAGAUGUUUGAUUUAGACAAUUUGUCUAUUGAAUCGAGUACUAUAUUCAAAGUAAAUGUGUGGCUACGUGAAUCAAAUCCAGUUGCUUAUACACCAAAGAUGGUCUCUAUUGGUCCUUACCAUAAGAAAAAUCAACAACUUGGUCUAAUGAAAAAGUACAAAUUAUUGUACCUACGGCGGUUUCUUCAACGAAAAGAGGGGCUUGACGUGGAAAGUUGCAUUAGUGAAUUGGAGAAACAGAAGGAGGAAGUACUAAAGUGUUACAAUGAUAUAGAAGACCUCGAUACUGAUAAUAGUCAUGAAUUUUGUCAAAUGUUGUUGCUUGAUGGUUGUUUUGUGGUUGAGUUUAUUCGAGAAUAUUGUGAAAUGUGUCCAAAAGGAGAAGAAAAGAUUAUAAAUAUUAAUGAUAAUUACAUAUUUCGAGACUUGAUGUUACUAGAAAAUCAACUUCCUUUCUUUGUCCUCAACCAACUUCAUUACAUGACAAAGCAAGAUGAUGAAUUACCAUUGGCAAUACUAGUGGGUAAUUCAUUUACCUUUUUUGUUGACUUGCCAAAAAUGACCCCUGAAUCCUUUAAAGAGACAAAAUGUAAUGAAAAAGAUAUCAAACAUUUACUUCAUUUAGUACACAUAUUUUCAUGUCAAGGGAAUCGCAUGAAAAAAUCAACCGAUGACAUAACAUGGCAUAUGGUUAUGCCAAAUGCAACAGAGCUUUCUGAAGCUGGAGUUAGCUUUGCAAAAGUCAGUUUUAUUAAUAAAAACAAAGACAAUAUUGGUGAUAUGACAAAUUUAUUGGAUAUAAAGUUCGAGAAAGGAUUGAUGGAAAUUCCUUGUUUUCGAGUGGAAGAUGAUACAGAAACCGUCCUCCGAAAUCUCAUUGCUUAUGAGCAACAAUCAUUUGAUGUACAUCCUACCUAUUUCAGUGAUUAUGCAACUUUCAUGGAUCAUCUUAUCGACUCAGACAAAGAUGUGAAUUUGCUUCGGCAAAAAGGAAUCAUAGUGAACUGGAUAGGAGAGGACAAAGAAGUGGCUAGCCUCUUCAACAAAAUCGGAAAUGGGGUCACAACAUAUUCCGACUUCUAUUACAAAGAAGAAUUCAGAAAAGCAGUUGAACAUUGUCAAAAACCAUGGAACAGAAUGAAGGCAAAUUUGAAGCAUAAUUAUUUUAGUAGUCCUUGGGUAGGAGCUUCAACUGUGGCAGCCAUCAUACUCCUCAUACUCACAACUAUACAGACUAUUUUAGCUAUCACAAGUGCCGUUAAGUAAGUAUAGUAAUUGUCUCAAUUGUAGUGUUGAUGAGC